GAAUGAGCAACACCGUACAGUUGCGGUGGAUUGGAAAUGUAUUUUUCAUAGCUGUAACAGUGACGUUUACGAAUGCUUUGGCAUGCCGCACACCUCCUAAUUGCUGCAUCCGUUACCAUACUGACGGAAACACAAGUCGUUGUAUCGAAUGCAUGCCAGGAUAUUUUGGAACCUUCUGUAGUCAAUUGUGCCUCUAUCCUUUCUACGGCAGAGGGUGUCAGUCUAUGUGUUCGUGUGAUGUGUCAGACUGUGACUAUGUUCAAGGUUGCAGAAAAAAGGUUUCAUCCUCUGAAGCAGUGUCAAAUGUAUCGCCAACAGAGUUAAUGAAUCAAGAUACAUCGAUGUUAUCAAAACAAACAACACUGACCGAGGAAUUUACACAAAGAGAAAAGGAAUUGUAUCUUUCAUACCAAGAGGACAAAUCAUGGCAUAAAAACAAAGUGUUGUUCUAUUUCAUAAUAGGACUUUUAUUUAUAGCGGUGUUAUUGGUGUGUCUCCAUAUUAUACUAUGUUUUGUGGAUUGAAUUGUAUUCAUAAUAGCCGCAUUUACAAACAUUGUAUUCAUAACAUGUUUUGUAAAAACAAAAUGGGUGUGAAUUAAGCGUUUUAACACACUUGAAACGUCGGCAAACUAUGCGGAAGUGAGGAAUAGUGCAUAAAAGGAAGAACAACUUUAUAUUAAACUGUGUUUGUUUCUUCGUUGUUUAUUUUUAAAAAGAAUAUUUUAUCUUCAAUUAAUUAUAGAUGCUGUUUUUCAGUUGAUGAUGGAAUUAUCUGUAUUCAUCACACAUUUAAUUUUUUCAGUUAGGAAAGAAAGAAAUUUUACAAAUCACACACAUAAAGAACCAAGUUACACUAUAUUCUUUAAUGACGUUUUUCGAAAAAAAAUCUCAUUAAAUGCUUAAAAGAUAUUUUCUAUCUUGCGUUUGUCCUCACAUGUUGAUUGGUAAGUUUUUCUUUUUAAAGAUUUAUUUUAGAACUUAAGUUGCUAUAGGUAAAGUUGUAAAUUUGAGACAUAUUGAUAUCAAUAUACGUUUGAUAAGGUUUUAAAAAGCAAAACAAACGAAGGCCAUCUCACGCUUCCGAAAACUCCUCAACAUCACACGUGAUUGAAAAUGAUAAAAUCCAUGCAUUGUAAAAUGUAUUAAAAUGUGCUGGUUUUAUUGAAAUACAGAGAAAGAAUAUAUCAUGUAUUUUUGGAAGCAACAUUUACUUUUAUAUAAAGAAAGGAAAUUUGACCAAAUUGCACAUAGAAAAAAAAAUGGAUGACAUUGUUUCCUUUAUGACUUUUUUCCAUUUUCAGAUAGCUUUAAGUCUGUAACAAAUAUAUUGUACUUUGCUUUUUUCCUUACAAAUUGAUCUAUAAGAUCUAUAUUAA